UUUAGACAGUCCUGCUUUACACUGCUUACUACAUUCGUAAUUACUUCUGAAAUAGCUUUAUAUUAUUCAAGUUCAAGAUGAGAAACGUUUCCAGGACGCAAUCAAAGAAAUCAACAAUAUUUAUUAUUGAUUCCGAUGAAGACCAAUUUGAGGAUAUGGAGGAGUGCGAAGAGUAUAGCUAUGGACUGACCACUGACUUAAGCCGAAAUCAAAGCAUUAUUUUGGAUUAUAAGGAGUUCAAGGCGGCUCGCGUAAUUCAGCGCCAUGUUCGAGGCUGGCUAGUGCGACAUCAUCUAAAAGAACUCAAGGCAUCGGCGGUCAUUAUUCAGAAAUGGUGGCGCCGUUUUCUUUCACAGAGAAAUUUGAUUUUCGUUGCCGAAAAUGCCUUACAGUUGGUUGUUUUGGCGCAUUACGAUAAGUGUAGCCGCCUCAUUCAGACCUUAUACCGCGGUUGGUGGUCGCGAAAACACAUCUUUGACCUUACCAUGCUCAAGAGACUUCAGGUUACCCUGUCCAAAGACCUUAUCCACACUUUGGUCAAAUACUGCUACAUCACCAAGAAUUCUGAACAUCUGCCAGGCCUUUAUACGAUACGGGACUCAAGUCUGUGCCUAAAAACUUUGGAGCAGCUGAUGGCAACGUUUGGCUUUCGAUAUUAUAACUCUAAGGCUUCCUACAAAAUGAGCAAGGCCUUGAAUACGGUGCAGCAGGGACGGAAGGUUUUCGAAGCGGCAAAAAUGUUCACGAAUAUACCAUAUCCUGGCUUUAAUGAUCGCGGCUAUUGUGAUAAUAGGGCGUUGUCCUCUAUAGCAUUGAAUGUCCCAGAACCGGAAUACUUCGAAUUAAUUUACAGUUUCCUUGACGGCCUUAGAAAGAUGGAUAUGUCAGUAGCGGCUAAGUGGGAACAAAAAAUUGCCAUCCAGGAGGAAAAGACUCGCUUAAAUAGAAUAAUCGAGAAGGAAAACGAGAGAAAGAGAUUCGUGAAACGCAUACUGCAGGAUAUGAGGCACUGGCACUAUUCAAAUGGGAAACCUAUACUUUCCAGAAUCGUAUUCAAACAUCAUGAAACGAUUGAUGUGUUGCAUGAUGCCAAGAAUACCCUGGUAUCUAUAUUUGGUCAACUCGAGCCCUGCAUUUGCCCAACAGCUGAAGAUUUAGCUAAGCUUGAAAAUUAUUAUUAAAGUUGUUACAAACUUUGUAUAUUUUCUAUGUCGGAAAAAACAUGAAUAUUUCAGAAUACAUGAGCAUUAAAAAUAAAUAUUAUUUAUAAAUAUUA